AUGGAGGGGAGUAAUAGCAACGAAACAACAACAACAACAACAAAAAAGUACUGCGAAUUGUUCACUUUGGAAGAUUUUUUUUUCCUUUUUAUAUAUUUUUUUUUUGAUGAGUUUUAUUUUGGUUUUAGUUUCUACGCACAGGUUUGGAAGCAUUCCUCUCAGUGCGUGUGUGUUUGGUUUGCUUCUGUUUUGUGUAGUGGGUUGAAUAGGAUGUCUUCUGCGGACAUAACUGCCAUGUACGGUGUGAGGGAGGAUGUGGGAGUUCCAUUCUACAUCUCUUCCUCGGAGCUAAUUGCCGGGAGCGUCGCCGGCUUUGUGGAGCACUUUGCCAUGUUUCCAUUUGACACGAUCAAGACUAGAAUACAGAGUGGGAGCUCACCAAACAUCGCAUCCGCCCUUCGUCAGGUGUUUCGUAGCGAGCCUCUCACGCACCUCUACCGUGGUGUUUUUCCCAUUCUUGUGUCCGCUGUUCCUUCGCACGGAGCGUACUUUGGCUCAUAUGAGUCGGCCAAGCGUGCUUUUGGAGAGGAUUCAAAUGCAUCGAUCCUGAUAUCCUCGAGUUGUGCGGCGGCGGCCCACGACACGAUCGCCACCCCUUUUGAUGUUGUGAAGCAGCGGAUGCAGAUGGACAAUGGAGGGCGAUUCACUUCUUCUUUGCGGUGUGCGCGUUACGUUUUUGAAGAGAAUGGGCUCCGGGUAUUUUUUGUUUCGUUGCCCACAACAAUAUUGAUGAAUGUGCCACACGUUGCGACGUACUGGACGGUGUACGAGGGAUUCCUCGCUUUUCUGGGUGGUGGGCGCCGCGACAAGGAGAACGAGCUUGCGGUGGAGUAUGUGGCAGCCGCCCUCUUAGCCGGCACCAUGGCAUCAGUAGUCUCUUCCCCGUUGGAUGUUGCCAAGACGCAUCUACAGCUUGGGAAUGAAUCACGUUUUUUGGCGGUCUUACGAAAUAUUGCUCUAAACCGUGGUGUGCGUGGAUUUUUUGCUGGCGUUUCUGCGAGAAUUAUACACACGGCUUCCUCAGGCGCACUGAUGAUGAUUACUUACGAGAUGACAAAGAAAGCCAUGGAGCGUUGGUAA